CGGCGGCUGCCUCUCGGCCCAGCGGGGAGGGACCGAGGCGCGGCGGCCCUCGGCCGGGACUCGACUCGCAGACUCCUUGGUUAACCAUCUUCAGAAGAGUGGAUUUCUGAUGUACCAAACUCCAUGUCUCUCAUUGAAAGUAAAAUAUGAUAUCACAGAUAAGCAGCAUUGACAACUAUCCAUGAAACUUUGUAUAUCUUAAUAUCAGCCCUCGAAGCUUCCCCAGGGAACGCAUAAUGACAUCUGCAGUGGUUGACAAUGGGGGUUCUGUUUUGGAGCUUUCCAGCAAUGGAAUAGAAAAUCAAGAGUCUGGGUACUUCCUCCACUGACACAGGUCACAACCCCAUUAUAAUUUAAUAGAUGGUCUUCCAAAAGUUGCUCUGGCUGAAAAACUCACCUUGUGGUGGAUACGAUACAGCUUUUGAACACAACUGGACUGGUCUUUGAGUACAGAUGGAAGGAAGGUGAACAAGUUUCCAAAUAUCCAGCAGUGAUUGUGGAGCCAGUUCCAAGUGCCAGAUUAGACCAGGGCUAUGCAGCCCAGGUUCUAGUCUAUGAUGAUGAGACUUACAUGAUCCAAGAUGUGGCAGAAGAGCAAGAAGUUGAAACUGAGACUGUGGAAUCAGUUGAAGCAUCAGUUCACGGUAGUAAUGUACACUGCACGGAUAAGACAAUUGAAGCUGCUGAAGCCUUGCUUCAUAUGGAGUCUCCAACCUGCUUGAGGGAUGCGACAAGUCCUGUGGAAGUCUUUGUUCCUCCUUGUGUGUCUACUCCAGAGUUUAUCCAUGCUGCUAUGAGACCAGAUGUCAUCACAGAGACGGUAGUUGAAGUGUCAACGGAGGAGUCUGAACCGAUGGAUGCCUCUCCUGUUCCAACCUCACCAGAUCUCCAUGAGCCAAUGAAAAAGAAGAAAGUUGGCCGUAAACCAAAGACCCAACAGCCAGCUAUUUCCAAUGGGUCACCUGAAUUAGGCAUCAAGAAAAAACCCAGAGAAGGCAAAGGUAACACAACAUAUUUGUGGGAGUUCCUUUUAGAUCUCCUUCAGGACAAAAAUACCUGUCCUCGAUAUAUUAAGUGGACACAGAGAGAAAAGGGGAUAUUCAAGCUUGUGGAUUCCAAGGCUGUAUCCAAGCUCUGGGGAAAGCACAAGAACAAACCGGACAUGAACUAUGAAACUAUGGGAAGGGCCUUGAGAUACUACUACCAAAGGGGCAUUCUUGCGAAGGUAGAAGGGCAGAGGCUUGUGUAUCAAUUCAAGGAGAUGCCAAAAAAUAUAGUUGUCAUAGAUGAUGACAAAAGUGACGCUUGUAAUGAAGACUUAACGGCAACUACUGAUGAAAAAUCAUUGGAACGUGUUUCAUUAACUGCCGAAAACCUCCUGAAAGCAGCAGCUUCUGUACGUGGCAAGAACUCAUCUCCUUUAAACUGUACCAGAGCUGAGAAAGCUGUAGCCAGAGUUGUGAACAUCACCUCCCCUGGGCAUGAGGCUGCUUCCAGAUCUCCUUCCACCACCACUUCUGUUUCAGCAACAACUGCCCCAAGGACAGUUCGUGUGGCAAUGCAAGUGCCUGUUGUCAUGACCUCUUUGGGACAGAAAAUUUCAACAGUGGCAGUUCAGUCAGUCAAUGCAGGCUCAUCAUUAAUAACCAGCACCAGCCCCACAACAGCAACCACUCCAAAGGUGGUAAUUCAGACAAUCCCUACAGUGGUGCCAGCAUCUACUGAAAACGGAGACAAAAUCACAAUGCAGCCUGCCAAAAUCAUCACCAUCCCAGCUACGCAACUCACACAAUGUCAAUUGCAAACAAAGUCAAGUCUGACUGGAUCAGGAAGCAUUAAUAUAGUUGGGACCCCAUUGGCUGUAAGAGCACUUACCCCUGUGUCCAUAGCCCAUGGGACACCUGUAAUGAGACUCUCAGUGCCUGCACAACAGGCAUCUGGCCACACGCCCCCUCGAGUCAUCAGUGCGGUGAUAAAAGGGCCAGAGGUUAAGUCAGAUGCAGUGGUUGUAAAGCAGGAGCCUGAAGUGAAGACUUUGCAGCUGGUACAGGAAGAGAAGCCAGCAGAUGGAAGCAAGGCUGUGACCCAUGUGGUAGUGGUCAGUGCUCCUUCCACCAUUGCUCUUCCACUAACAGUGAGACCAGAAGGCACGGUGACAUGUGAGAAGUGAGGCAGCUCCUGACUGCCUGGCUGAUGAAACACGGAGAGGGGACGGGACAUCAUCAAGAAUGUUUAUGGAGACUUUGCAACUUUUUAAUGCAAUCAAAGACUUACUGGAAAUAAAUUACCUUUAUCCCAUGUUUAAGUGGGACAUAAACUACACAUUGAGAUGCUGACAGAAAACUGCCUCUUACAAUAACAUAUAAAUAUGAAAAAGGGACCAAGCAGUUCACUACAUUAUCAAGUUACACUAAGACUUGGAACACUAAAAUAAUUCUGUAAGAGGUGAUCUUUUAGGUUAGGGGAGGGAGAUAGGGAAGGAUGGUCUCAUUGUUACAAAUAGCAAAUUUUGAUGCAUUUUUUUAAUGCAUACCAGCAAUUAAUACUGUGUGAACACAGUACUCACUUAACUGGUGCUAUGUGAAGACUCUGCUAAUAUAGGUAUUUUAGAAUGUGAAUUGAAGAAUGGAUCCAAAAGCCUCUGAAAGAGAACAACGGAGAAAAAGAGAGACCUAGUGGAAUUUUUGUAUCAUAUAGCUUAAGCUGAUUUAAAACAAAAGCCUUAGACUGAUUUUCAGUUUUUCUUUCUUGAAAUAAGCUAAUGGCUUGUUUGUGUAAAGCUUUUUUUAUUAAAAGAAAAAUUUUAAAAAUCUUGUACCUAGCACAGUAUUGUUAUAGACUUUACAUGUAACAUGUUUUGUAUGGUAGUUUUAAGUCUGUCGCUUUCUUAAUUGUGGACAUAGUAGCAGCUGGCUUUGGCCUUUGCUGACACAUGCCUGUGCCACUCACUCAGCCUUGGCAUCUGUGCAUACAUUUCAGUCUCAGCUCUACUCUUUCACUAGAAAGUUCACGCUCGGCAUGAAUUUUUGUCAGGUAGUUUUAAACCUGUAUUUCUUUCUUUUCUUUUUUCUUUUUUUAGUUCAACUUAAAGGAGGGAAAGUACCAGUGUUCAAAAUUGAACUAUAAUAGUUUGUAUAUUCAACAUUUGAAGUAUAUUAUAUUUUGUUGUACUCUUGUUUCAAAGUGUAUUCACGUAGGUUUUACUGAAAUAUAGAAAUGAAAUUUAUUUUGUGCUUUGUUUGGUCUCUGGCGAUAUUUUCGAUGUUUAGAGGUAAUGGAAACAAAGUAAUUAUGGUUACUGUGGCAUCUGCUUUAUGAUGUACCUUGUUAAAAAACUUUGAUUAGCAGAUAAUAGAAGCAAGUUUAAGAAAAACUCUGACAUCUGUAAUAGAAAUCCUUGGUCUUACCUGGAGAUUUUGCCUCCAUUUCUAUUAGCUAUGAAUUCAGCAGGUAUCAGCUAUGCUUUUGCCAUUCCAUUUCUUUAUGAUCUUAAUGUUAAUGAAGUUUGAAUUCCAGUGUUUUAAAAAUGACAACACAUCAUAUUAAAGGUGGUUGAUUUAAGUUAAAAACAAAAAACAAAAAAGGAAAAUGAUUAGUUCCAAAUCUAUUGAAAAGUGGUUAUAUGUGCUGAUAUAGAGAUGUUUUAAACUUUCCUAAUUAUGCAUUUGCUCAAAAACUACUCCAUACUGUUAGAAUGAGUUAAUCUAUCUGCCUUUACGAUUUGUUGUCGUUUAAGCAAAGAUAGCAGUGAUGUGACUAUCAAAAGAUACUAAGACACCUGGGUCUGUUUUAAUUCCAUUCUGGGAGUUAAAAGAGGGAAGGAAGAAUUCACAGGUUUAAUAAGCUAUUGAUAGUACUAUUUCUUUGUAUAAAUCUCUUACACAUGUGUGGUACUUUACAGUGUAUAACAGCAUGGUUUUUACAUACAUUAUCUCAUUUGAUCUUCACGAUAACCAAGUGAGGUAGGCAGGAUAUGUAUUGUAAUCUAUAGUUAGGCUUUGGAAGUUUAACACAGAGUCACAACUCGAGCUUCUGAUUUCUAUUCCAGUGUUUUUUAAAAAGACUAAUAAAAUUAGAAGCAUAACUUCAGCAUUAAGAUGCCAUAUUAGCAUAGGAAAUAAAAAAUGAAGUUCUAAACCUUCAAUGAAGCCAGAAUCCAGAUGCCCACAUUGUCCUUCCUGUUUUCAUUGUGGGUUAAGUUUGGAUGAUCACUUUGCAAAAUGGGAUUUCAACCGGAAAAAAAAAAAAAUUAGGGAAUGUAUCUAUCGAGAGAGAGAGAGAGAUGUAAAAUUGAUAGUGUUGCUAAAGAAGUGGUAAAGAUGCUAAGCAGGUAUUGGUAUUCCUCUAGAAUUAGUUACAACCAUUGGCUGUUUUCUUUCCCAUCUUCAACACUGUCUCUAGUACGUUGUUUACUCUAGAGACAUAAAACAAGACUAAAGAUUGGCAUACCUAAGGGAAGCCAUCCAGGCCAACAUCAAUCUCCAGUGAGAUAUUGGUUACUUAUACUUAUUUCUAACCAUAUUAUUUAGAACACAAUUCAGCAGAACCACUGUCAUUGUUGUGCUCGCAAUACAAACUGCAUUUUACAAAUAGGAAUUUUUAGCACUUAGGAAGGGUGAGUGUUAGGAUUAUGUGAGAUUCUAACUGGAACCAAUUAAAGGACAGAAUUGAAAUAAGGACAUUUGCAUAUGGUAGAAAUAAAAUUUCCUAGUUCCCAGUAUCUUAACGUGAAAAAAAUCCUUGGCAGAUAUGAUUAUCAACAUAUCAGUAUUUCAGUGCCUACAGAGCCCACCAUGGUGCAUAUAAGUACAAGAAUAUUUCUUGUCCUCAAGGACCUUACAAUAUACUUUGGGAGAUGUGAUGAACAACUGAAAUGGUGUGAGAAGUUUGGAGACAGGGAGAACUGUGAAGGCUGGAAGGACAAAGGCUUCAUAAAAGAAAUGGGGCUCAAGUCUUUGAAGAUAGGAUUUACCUGGGUAAGAAGGGAGAUGAGGUCAGUUAAAUUUAAAAAGAAACAUUACCAGGUACCUACUCUGUAUAUAAACUGCUUCUCUGCUAGUACUUAGUAAGAUAAUACUUCAAGGGCUAGUAAAGUAACGGGAUAUGACAUGUGACAUUAAAUGAAAUAAUAUAAGCCUAAGAAAUGAGCAAGCAAAAUACUAUGUUAGGUCAAAAGGGGGAAAGGCCAUUACAGAUUUCUCAAGGCAGGUUCCUUAAAGGAUGGGUAGAAAUUUCUUUGUGGGGAGAGGCAGCAGGGGUGCACUCUAGGCAUUGGGACCAUCAUGAGCACAGAGAAAGGAAGGGAAAGUAGUAGUAUCCCACAAAAGGCAGUUGACAGAAAAGAUGGAAUCACAGAGGCAGGAAUCAGCAUAAUGUGUUCAAAGCAUUAGAAGCUCAGCCUGUGACUGAAAGGGAGUGAAUAUUCAAGGGAGUAGGAAAUGUGCUUAGGAUGGUUAGGGUGAGCCCAGAUUGGUAAAUGCUUUUAGGUAGUGCCAAAAAAAACAUUGGAAAUAGGCCUAGAAUCAAAUCACUUAGAAGCUGUGUGACUUAAGGCAAAGUUUAGCCUCCCUGAAUCUGUUUUCUCACAAAGUGGUUGUAGAUCAAAUGUGACUCUACAUUAAAGGAAUUUUGUUAACUAUAAAGCACUGUGUAUGUGUAAGUUUUAAUUUUUAUUGUGGAAGGUAUUUGGUGAAUCAGUUGAUUAGGCAGGGUAAGAAAUGACUUGUUGCAGGUUUUCUGAGCAGUCGAUGACAUGACAUGUUUUAAGAAGGUUAAUCUGAUGAUGUCUUGCCCAAAUGGGGUGAGAAUACAUGAGGGGAUAGGUGUAACUGAGUGUGGGGGUAAUCCAGCUGUGAUGUAAGGCUAAGAAUGGAAAAAAAUUAAACUCAACCAGACGAGGUAACUGGUUAUGAGAAGAGGGAGAAGGACAAUUUCUUUCAAGGUUUUAAACCUCAAUUAUAGGCAAGUUGGGAAUAGAAAAUGAUCUUUAAGGAGAGUACAUAUUUGGUUUUAGGUAUUUGGUGUUUGAGAUGAAAAUGAAGCAUCAACUAGAAUGCUUAGUAUAGGCUGUUGGACAUUUGGGACAAAUAGUUUUGAUGAGAGGGUAGCCAUAGAGAUAGAGGGGAGUCAGCAGUGAGGUCCUGGACAAUGGACAGGCUCUGUGAAAGUUUGUGUAAAGAGAGAAAAGCAGAAAACCAGAGGGUGACAGAGUUUUUGUAAAUAUCUAUAAUCUGGAGUGGAAGAAGUAAGAGGUAGUUGGAAGUAGGAAAACCAGGGUAAAAUGAAAGGAAUGUGUCAAGAAUCACAAGAUUUUAGAAGCACCUCAGAUCAUCUAAACCAAUUCAUAACUAAAUGGAAGUCCCUGCUACAUUUCCAAUAAACUUCCACUUGAAAAACUCACUACGCCUGUUCCAGCUUCUAGGAAGUUCUCUCUCAGGUGACAUCUUCCUCUUUGCACCUCCUCUUCCUCCUAGUCCUGCUCUCUGGGGUCAAACAGAACAAGUCUAAGCCUCCUUAAUAGUCUUCAUGUCAUCCCCAGGGAACAAAAAAAUAACAAAACAAUUCCUUCAGCUGAUAAAUGAUUUCCAGUCCAUCAUUUUGAAUGUCACUUAAGCUCCUGUUUGCCAAAGUCCCUAAAAUGCCACCCAGCCAGAACCGAAGACAUAACUUUAGAUGUGGUGUGACCAGGACAAUGGGAUUACCACCUCCAUUACUCUAGACACUAUGCCUCUCAGAUCUGUUAGUCACUAAAUAAAAUGGCUUUUUCUGAGUUUCCCACUCUCUCUGAACUGCAAUUGACCAUUCCACCAAGCAGCUCCUCUCUUAGCUUCAGCCUCAAUACUACUGGCUCUCCUGACUUUUCCUCCUGUAUUAGUGACUCUUCUCUCCACACUACUGUAAACAUUUGCAAAGGUUCUGCCCUAUCAGUUAUCUUUAUAUCUUUCCAUGACAGCUCCUUUCACUUCCAUAGUUUCCCCCUAUAACCUUAAUUUGGAUGAUUCAAGUCUGUAUGUCCACCCCACACCUCUUCCCUGACCUUUUAUAAUAACAUUUCCAAUCAUCUGCUAAACAUUUUCACUUGAAUUUCCUUUUGGCACUUCAAGUUCAAAAUAUCCUAAACUGAACUCACCAAGAUAGUGAUCAAAUGCAGAACAGGGAUGGAGGAAAAUGAGGAUGGACUUGGAUUUUCCAGGUCUAGUUCAAUAGAGAAGAUGAAAGCCAGAUUCCAAGGUAUUUUACAUAUAGUGAGUGGGUUACAGUACUUAAAAUAAAUAUCCAACCAUCAAAUAUGGGUAACUUGAUCAGGAAGAGUACAUAGAGAUCAAAAGUUGCAGCCAACCGUACAGCUUAUAUACCAAAACUGUCUUGAUUUGACCUUUUUUUUACAUUAAAGCUACUAAGUUUAUGCUGAAACAAUAGCAUUAUUAAUGCUACCUAUAAUGUUAGUAGUUUAUUUCCUUAAACCCAGAUGAGUCAAUUAUAGAGGCUUCCUAAACGUUGAUAUAGUCUUAGCCCUGCCACUAGUUUGUAGUGUGACCUUCAAGUCACCUCACACCCCAAAGGUUCAUUUUUUUAAAUGUAUGAAAUGAAGGUGUUAGUGUACAAAUCAUUUCAUCCCAGUCUUCAUGAUCUAUGGUUCUGCGAUACAGCAUAAUAGAUAGGGAGGGGCUGAACUUGGGAAUAGGAAUACCAGAAUUAAAACUCUGUUUUUUGCUAGGCAAUGGAGUUAAGUGACUUGCCCAAGGUCACGCAGCUAGUAAUUGUCAUUUGUCUGAGAGCAGAUUUGAACUUGGGUCCUCCUUAAUCCAGGGCUGGUGCUGUAUCCAUUGCGCCACCUACUUGCCCCCUUAAAACUCUAUUUUUAACACUUGUUACUUAUUGAACCUGGGUAAUGUCACCUGACCCAUGUUUCUCCAACAACUCCCCUGGACUUCCUUAAGUAAGGCUAUGAUUGCCUAGGUGGAAAAAAGAUUUAUAUGUGAGUAGUUCUGCAUGCUAAUCCAAAAUAAAGUGACUGAUUUUAAAAAAAAGCCAUCAAUACACUAAAAUUUAUAGACACAUGAAUGUCAAUCCAAAGUAGUCAUAGGAAGCUAUACUUAUUCCAUUAUUCCUAAAACUUUUCAGAUUUAAAAAAUUAUAUAUUUCUAAAUAUCUUGGAAUUAUUCCAAAAAUUCUUGCAAUAAUAAUUUAAAGAGCUUGGGGCACAUCCUUUUGAAUAUCUUUGGCAAAAUUUAACCUUAAAUAACUUUUUAAAAAAUUCCAUUUUAUUUUCAGUUCUGACUUCUCUCCUUUCAUCUUCCCUCACCCUCACCUAUUAAGAAAGCAAGAAAAAAAAACAAAAAACCUGUUAUGUCUUAAAUAAUUUUUGACUUAAUUUCCCCCCUGUCCUCAAAAAAAAAAAUUCUUAAAGGACACAGCCUGAAGAAUAGUCUCAUUCAUUUUCAGCAUCACAUCAAAAAGGAGCACCAGUAAGAUGCCCUGGUAGUACAAAGAGUUUUGGGUUUGGAGUCAGGGAGAUCUGUAUUCCAAUCAAACUUGAUACUAUGUUUUGAUAGGCAAGUCAUUCAACCUCUCUGGGCCUGAUUUUUAAUCUACAAAAAUUAGAAUAAUUAUACCCAUAGGACCUACUUGACAGGGUUGGUUGUUAGGAUCAAAUGAGAUAAAUUUAAUUUGUUACCCAUGCCUAGAACUCUCUCCUCACUUUCAUCUCAUGGAAUCCCUAGCACCCCUUGAUCCUCCAACUCCACCCUGGUUAGUUUGGCUCAGUUUUGAUUGCAUAGCAUCCCCUCCCCCAGAAACUGCUUUGUAUUUACUGUGUAUAUUUUGUGUUUAUCAUGUACAGUAUAUGCUAUUUCCCCCCAGGAGAAUGUAAGCUCUUUUGAUGGAAGGGACUUGUGUCCCUUUUAUCUUUGUUUGUACUUGCAUAGUACUUGAUACGUAUUAGGUGCUUAAUAAAUGCUUAUUGAAUUGAA